AUGUUUAUCACAACGAUUAUUAUGUUGAACGUGUUGACUUUGAACGCCAUUGUUCCAGUCAUCGCAGAGACGGUGAAGUACUUUAAAAUAGACCGUGUAAAUAACUGUGAUCCAGCUGAUCGAUUUGCCGUGACAAUGCUACCAGAAUAUAGCGUAAAUAACAAACCCAACGAGAAUUUAUUUAACUGCACACUUCGUACAAAGGAAGAAAUUGAAGGUCCUCUGAAGUACGAAGCAAACAUCAAACGCUGUGAGAUGGAUCUAUCGAAGUGUGAAUUCUUCAACACGAUCGAAACGGAUGAGCUUUGCGUUUACUUUGAGGAUGCCGGGUUUAGAGAUCGUUUUCUAAAUAGUAUGUCGCAGCCCAUGACGUGUCCGAUUAAACCGGGAGAUUAUCAGUUUAUCAACACCAAGUGGGAUAUGUCAGCGAUCGUUAAUCUACCGGGCAGUGCAUACCGAUGGAAAAUUGUAACCAGCGUAACUCAAAUAGCGACAGGACGAACAGUUUACUGUAGCGAAAUGAUGGCUAGAAUUGUAGUGAUCAGAAAGAAGAGCAACCGGAUUCACCAUUGA